CCUGCAAGAAGGCACCUUGGUGUGUGUGCAUGGUUACAGGAGCACAGGCAGUACAGAGCUGCACAAGGAUCACCAUCCAGGGAUUACUGCAGUUUUGUGAAGCACACUGAUUUCCCAUAUGCCUAUUCACAAACAGUGUUGUGUCUGUGUGUGUCUCCAACAUUUGGAUGAGUCAGUGGGAAAUUGGACCUCAGUGCAGUGUUGGGCAGUUGUUUAGGUCACAAGGCUCCUCACAAAUGGGUUAGGGCCACCAUGAAAGGAGCUUUGGCAGUGGAAUUGCUCUGCUACUCCUCCACCACAGGAGAACACCAUAUUUGUCUCCUCCAGAGGACACUGUUACGCCUUGAUCUUGGACUUGCAGCCUGCGGGACUGUGGCAGUAAACAUCUGUCGAUAAGCCACCCAACCUGUGAUCACAGUAUAAAGGGACAAGACAGAAAGCUUUGUCAACGUAACUUGCACUGUGCUUGUUCAACUUCCUGUCUCUGGCCAGUGUCACUUCCAAGAAUCCACAAGGAUGGGGAAUAUCUUCGCAAACCUCUUCAAGGGCCUGUUUGGCAAAAAAGAAAUGCGAAUUCUCAUGGUGGGCCUGGAUGCUGCUGGGAAGACGACGAUUCUGUAUAAACUGAAGCUUGGUGAAAUUGUGACCACCAUUCCUACUAUAGGUUUCAAUGUUGAGACCGUCGAAUACAAGAACAUCAGCUUUACCGUGUGGGAUGUGGGUGGCCAGGACAAGAUCCGGCCACUGUGGCGCCACUACUUCCAGAACACCCAAGGCUUGAUCUUUGUGGUGGAUAGCAAUGACAGAGAGCGUGUUAAUGAGGCCCGUGAGGAGCUCAUGAGGAUGCUGGCUGAGGAUGAGCUCCGGGAUGCCGUCCUCCUUGUGUUUGCCAACAAGCAGGACCUCCCCAACGCAAUGAAUGCAGCUGAAAUCACAGACAAGCUGGGGCUGCACUCUCUACGCCACAGGAACUGGUACAUUCAAGCCACCUGUGCCACCAGUGGAGAUGGGCUCUAUGAAGGACUGGACUGGCUGUCCAAUCAGCUCCGGAACCAGAAGUGAACCAGAAUCCCCCUUCCCCUCACUUCUUCCUCUCCACCCUCCGCUUUCCUCUCAUGUGGCAAACAUGCGACUCUGUGGUCCUGAGUGCCAGAAGCUGUCUCCAUGGGUUGGUCACAGUGUGCACGCACCGUGCUGUACAUGUGCAGACGAAGCCUGCAGCCAGGUUUUUAUUUAAUGUAAAUAGUUUCUGUUUCCACUGAGGCAGUUUCUGGUACUCCUAUGCAAUAUUACUCAGCUUUUUUAUUGUUUAAAAAAAAAAAAAAAAAGGAAUCAACUCACUGUCAGUACUGAGAAGGGAUUUGGGUGCAUGGGCUCUUAGCCUCCAUGAGCCACUGGGCUGUAGAUUGGCAUCAAGAUCCAUUUGGUUUUUAACCCAAACUCAGUGCAUUUUUAAAAAUAGCUGAAAAUUACAAGAUAAGGAGAACACUUGAACACACAGGAGAUUAUGCCUAGUGUAGGUUUUACAAUUCAACCUGAACACUAGUCAUCAGAUUGGCUGUUCCACUGGGAAUGCAAGAGAUGUGAUGAACAAACGCCAUCUGCUGCAUGGUCAAAG